AUGAUUUCAAAAAGCAAAGCAUUAAAAAAAAAUUUAACUACAAAAAACCAUGCCAAUUCAAUGAUUGAUUAUACUUCAUACAAAUAUUUGGAUAUACAAAAAAAAUGGAUUAUUUGCGAAGGAUAUUUACAUUAUCGUUAUGAUCAAAUUAAAUUAUUAAAUCUUUCACGAUUUGCAAAUUAUUAUGUUGUUUUAGCAAAAAUUCCAAUUGAAGAUGAUAAACCAAUUUUUGUCAUGUAUUUAUAUGGAAAUCAAAAACAAAAACCAUUAAAAUUUUUUCAAUUAGAUGAAUAUGAAAGAAUAUCUGAUCAAUGUUCAAAACCAAUAGAAUCUAAAUAUGUUUUAUUCGAAUUAAUUGGAAAAGAUAAAAGUGAUAUUGAAGUUUUUGGUGCUAAUAAUUCUGAUGAACGAGACAAAUGGAUUAAACAUAUUCAUCAAAUAUUAAAUCGGACAAAUCACAAUUUUAUUUCGAAUGAUUUACUCAUGGUUCGUCCAGAUCUAAAACAAAGUUGGAAAGAAGGUUCACAUAAAAUAGACCAUAUUAAUGGCGAUGUAACUUCUAUUUAUGAACCAUUUAUUCCAAAGUAA